GCUGUCAUAGCAUCAUGUGCCCCGGCAGUAGCCAAUCCCUGACCUGCUUGCUCGGUCAACCAAACAUCUGUCUGUGCUGCGUCAGCCAACCGGAGCGGCCCUGUGCUGCGUCAGCCAAUCAGAGCGUCCGUUGAUGCGUCAGCAGGGGCUUGCUGCUUUGUGUGUUUUCUCCCUCUGCCUGCGUGAGAGGAAAUGUGGCUUUUCCUGCGAGGGGAGGGUCCGGGAUUAACUGUGUCUGCCUUCAGAGCUGACGCUCAGCUGAAGCUCAGACUGAAGCGGGCUGACACCCAGCUGCUGCUCAGAGAGACAGCCCGAGGAAAACAGGUUCACUUCACCCACACUGGGGAGAGGAAUCCAGCUGUGUCAGGGGAGAGGGCCUGAUGGGGGAGGUUUAACGCAGCAUGUCCUUUGGAACGAGGCACAGAGAGGCAGAGACGGGAUUAGUGCCGAGCGUUCAGGACUUUGAUAAGAAGCUGUCUGAAGCGGACGCCUACCUGCAGAUCCUGAUCGACCAAUUAAAGCUGUUUGAUGACAAGAUCAAGGACUGUAAGGAGGAUGAAUCCCGCAGAAAAAUUGAGGAUCUGAAGGAGACUACUUGUAGCAUGGUAGAGUCCAUCAAGCACUGCAUCGUUCUGCUGCAAAUUGCCAAGGACCAAAGUAACGAACAGCAACACGCAAACGGACUGAUAAGCACCAUUAACCCAGUGGAUGGGAUCUUCCAGCCCAUUCUGGACACUCCUGUAGACAACAGCACCAUGCCAACACAGAACACACUCCCCACAGACUCUCAGGUGUGUAAAUCAGACCAACGGCCCUCCACGUUACCUGUUGGUCCCGUCGUCACGGUGAUGGGCAGUCUGCAGACCCCGACUCCCAACAGCACAGGGAGCGUCCCGUCGGGCCCCAGCAGCGGCAUGGCCUCCCCCACUCACAUGCCCCUCCCCUCACACUCGGUGCCCGACUUCUCGUACUCGUCCAGCGAAGACGAGUUCUACGACGCCGACGAGUUCUACCAGAACACCACGUCGCCCAAACACUGCAUCGAUCCCUCAGGGCCUCAGGCUGCCUCUAAUGAAGGGUCAGCGCUGAAGAGACCGGACACCACCGAGUCACUCAACUCCUCCAUGUCCAACGGCACCACAGACGCAGACCAGUUUGAGAACGACGAUCGCGACGAUGAGGGAGAGGGCGAGUCGGUGGAGGAGCACAAGAGCGUCAUCAUGCACCUGCUCUCACAAGUGCGCCUGGGCAUGGACCUCACAAAGGUGGUCCUGCCCACCUUCAUCCUGGAGAGGAGGUCUCUGUUAGAAAUGUACGCAGACUUCUUUGCACACCCAGACCUAUUUGUGAGUAUCGCGGAGCAGGCGGAGGCCCGGGAGCGCAUGGUGCAGGUGGUGAAGUGGUACAUGUCGGCCUUCCACGCCGGGAGGAAAGGCUCGGUGGCCAAGAAGCCGUACAACCCCAUCCUGGGAGAGGUCUUCUACUGCCACUGGGACCUGCCCACGGAAACAGAGGAGCCCCCCCCACCCACGGGGGAGACGGUGUCAGAGGGUCCGGUGCCGUGGUCUUCCACCAACAGUGUGUGUUUUGUGGCAGAGCAGGUCUCUCACCACCCCCCCAUUUCUGCAUUCUACGCAGAGUGUUUAAAACGGAAGAUCCAGUUCAACGCUCACAUCUGGACCAAGUCCAAGUUCUUAGGCAUGUCUAUAGGAGUCCACAACAUCGGACAAGGCUGUGUGUCGUGUUUGGAGCACGACGAACAUUACAUCCUCACCUUCCCCAACGGAUACGGCAGGUCGAUCCUGACGGUGCCCUGGGUGGAGCUGGGGGGAGAGUGCAACAUCUCCUGCUCCAAGUCGGGCUACAGCGCCAACAUCGUGUUCCACACCAAGCCCUUCUACGGAGGCAAGAAGCACCGGAUCACCGCCGAGAUCUUUGCUCCCAAUGAUAAGAAGUCUUUCUGCUCCAUCGAAGGAGAGUGGAACGGAGUGAUGUACGCCAAGUGGGCGACCGGAGAGAACACGGUGUUCAUCGACACGAGGAGGAUAGGCAUCAUCAAGAAGAAAGUGAGGAAGGCGGAGGACCAGCUGGAUUACGAGUCCAGACGAUUGUGGAGAGACGUGACGCUGAACCUGAAGCUGAAGGACAUCGAUGCGGCGACAGAAGCCAAACACAGUCUGGAGGAGAAGCAGAGAGGCGAGGCCCGGGAGAGGAAGGAGAACGAGCAGCAGUGGGAGACCCGGCUAUUCCACGAGGACGGGGAGUGCUGGGUGUACGACGAGCCUCUGCUAAAGAGAUAUAACUCCCAGGGGGGGCACUGAGACCACACACACACACUGCACACACACACACUGCACACACACACACACACACACACACGGCAGAGUCUUCAUAAGAACUCUUUUGCAGAAACUGCUCCCAGCCUCUGAGUGACUGAAGACACAGCUUUGCAUUUGACAGUAAAAUCAACAACCAAUGAGACGAAUGGAAAACGGCUCCUCUCCUUAUUUGGGCACUUCCUGUUCCUGCACCACCUCCACCCGCCAACCUGAGGGUCCCGUCUCUCUCUUCACAGCAGUUUCCCCCUGCACAAACCUGGAUUUUUAUUAAGGGAGGGGGAGUGGGGGGGACAAGGUGUGUGUGUGUGUGUGUGUGUGGUUGAUGGUGAAUAAAUCAAACGAACCUUGACCAGUUUAAAAAAAACGGCGCUCUACAUCUCAGGGAACGACUGAGGACAAAAGGAAAGCUGCUGCCCCCCCACCCCCCCGAGAGUCUGACAGCCUUAUAUAAUGGUGUAAAUCUUAAAUGGGCAGGGGGGGUGUAAAGACCCCCCCUGCCUGCCUGCAACUAGCUGUAACUGUUUAUAUAUAGAUAUACAUACGAUGGAUAUAAAGAUAUAUUCUCUUUUUGUUUCUGGCAAUAGUGUAAAGAUAUGGGAGGAUCCGGUGGCUUUAGGAGUCAUUCCAGUUUUAUGUUUUUAUGUCCACGUUGUUUUUCCAGAAGCAGAGCCUCGACGUAAGCCAUAGCAUCCGAACCGAUCAACGUGGAAAUAUGCAAUAUAGAGAUCUCAUUCUGGGCGUCCGGUAUGCCAAAUAAAGGCUUUCGUUUUGGAUCAAAAAUGUUUCCUGGAGGCAUUAACGAACAAAUGAUUGUUUACAUAUUUCCUUGCUUUCUCACCACAGGGGGUCAACAUGUACCCCACUGCGCUCUUAAAGCAUCGGGACGGAUCUAAAUGCUAAUAAAAGACACCACCUUUUACCUGAAAAUGCACAAGAACAUCCCCGACCGUGAGUCCUGGAUAUUCGGCCUGAGUGAAUGUGAUUGAAGUGAAAAUUAAAACCGUUAAAAUCGAAGCAUCUGGAGUCGGGAUGGAGCGGCUGCAGACGGGGGAACGUGUGUCUGUAGAAUCCUCUCAUCCAAGGCGAACAUGAACGCCUUUUUAGAAACGAGCCAAAUAAAGUUCCCUGUUGAAGCUUGGUCUGUCGGUUUGUUUCCCUCCAUGUUUUCUGUCUCUGUUUAUUAUAUUGAAUCGAGGCCUUGCCAUAUAUGUCAGUAUCACUCGCCUGGUAGAGAGCAAUCAUCGUGUAUUUUGAUUUCUUUUGGACCAUAACCAUUGAUUGUAAGAGAUGUUCCUAUUGAUGCAUAAUAUUAAAUCUCCAUGAGUUCAA